CAAACCAACCAAUCAAAUUCAAAGCUAUCUUCUCCCACGUCGAUCUCUCUCUGCUUCAAUCUUCUUUUUUUUCUUCAGAUCUCUACACCAUCAAUCUCCGAGAUCUGAAAUAUAUCCGGAAGAGAAGGAUGUACGGAUUCGAGGCGCUCACGUUCAACAUCCACGGCGGAUACCUGGAGGCGAUCGUGAGAGGCCACCGUGCUGGUCUUCUCACCACCGCCGAUUACAACAAUCUCUGCCAGUGUGAAAACCUCGACGACAUCAAGAUGCACCUCUCCGCCACCAAGUACGGCUCUUACCUCCAAAACGAACCGUCACCUCUGCAUACCACAACGAUCGUGGAGAAGUGUACACUCAAGCUUGUUGAUGACUAUAAGCAUAUGCUUUGCCAAGCAACUGAGCCUAUGUCUACCUUCUUAGAGUACAUCAGAUAUGGCCAUAUGAUUGACAAUGUUGUACUAAUUGUUACUGGAACUUUGCACGAGAGAGAUGUUCAAGAGCUGAUCGAGAAAUGUCACCCUUUAGGCAUGUUUGAUAGCAUUGCCACAUUGGCGGUUGCUCAGAACAUGAGGGAGCUCUAUAGGUUGGUGCUUGUGGAUACUCCUCUUGCUCCUUAUUUCUCGGAAUGCUUAACAUCAGAGGAUUUGGAUGACAUGAACAUAGAGAUUAUGAGGAACACGCUUUACAAAGCAUACCUUGAGGAUUUUUACAAGUUCUGUCAGAAACUUGGUGGGGCAACAGCAGAGAUAAUGUCUGACCUUCUGGCCUUCGAAGCUGAUAGAAGAGCUGUCAACAUCACCAUCAAUAGCAUCGGCACUGAGCUUACAAGAGAAGACAGGAAGAAACUGUACUCUAACUUUGGUCUCCUCUAUCCAUAUGGACACGAGGAGCUUGCUAUCUGUGAAGACAUAGAUCAGGUUCGUGGUGUGAUGGAGAAGUACCCUCCUUACCAAGCAAUAUUCUCAAAGAUGUCCUACGGAGAGAGCCAGAUGCUUGACAAAGCGUUUUAUGAAGAGGAAGUCCGAAGGCUUUGCUUAGCCUUCGAGCAGCAGUUCCACUACGCGGUGUUCUUUGCUUAUAUGAGGUUGAGGGAGCAGGAGAUCAGGAACCUGAUGUGGAUAUCCGAAUGUGUUGCGCAGAAUCAGAAGUCGAGGAUCCACGACAGUGUUGUCUACAUGUUCUGAGGUCUGGUAAGAAGUUGAGAAACACAUAUUGAAAUGUGUGUUAAAACUGGAGAAUAAGAAGAAAAAAACAAUUUGGUUUUCCUUCAUUGCUCUGGUUUACUCUGUACAAUCUACAUUUUUUUCAAAUAAGAAUAAUCCCUCCUAUUUGUUUGUUUGUUUUUGCCCUAUCUUGAUUGGUUGUCUAUUGCCAAUGAAUUCUUGUAAUAAUACAAACUUUUUAUUUGUUUUGUAAUAUACUGUAUUAAAUAUUUGGAAAUCCAAAAAUUUCAAAAGUC